CUCCGGCACGGCGUUCGACCUAUCUCGGCAACCUCGCAGUCGCAUACGGCGGAGUCGCAGUCCAAGCAAUUUCAGCGAAGGUGAAUCACGUCAUAAUCGGCGCCGGCGCGCGCGCGCGCGUCUGUUCCCGAAUCCAAACCAACUUUUAUUCAAAAAGGAAGGAGCUUUUACCAGUUGCCUAUGAAGAUGUACUCAAGGAUUUUGCUAUAGGUUGUUUAGUCUAAGAUCCAAGGGUCUAUGCAUCUCUACAUCAAGGAGAUCUGGCAAUUGUUCAGUGAUGUGGACAAAUGUGUUCAAGAUUGGUGGCUUACAUCGUAUAUCGUGGUUUCAGUUUCUUCCUAAUGAAUCUGAAUUCAGUUCUCUGCCUGAUAACAGUGUGAAAUUGGAUCAGAAAGCUGCUGCAUCACUGCUUGUGCUGUCAUCACAUCUAGAGUUGCAGAAAGAAGGAUUUCUCAGCGCUUGGACUAAUGCUUUUGUGGGACCCUGGGACCCAUCUCAAGGUCUUUAUAACCCAGAUGAAAAGAUCAAGCUCUGGCUUUUUCUGCCUGGGCAUUUUUCUACUGUUGUUGAGAAGGCUCAGCCAGCAGUAUCCAAAUUAAGAGUUCUUGCAUCUGGACACUGGGUCGCUCCUGGUGACUCAGAAGAAGUUUCUGCUGCUCUAUCUCAUGCUUUAAGGAACUCUGUAGAAAGAGCACUAAAAUCAUUUUCAUAUAUGAGAUAUGGAGAUGUAUUUGCUAGAUGUUUUCCUUCUUCCCAUAAUGAAGAUUCGUUCCGGAGAGGUCAGCCAGUGAUUGAGUUCUUUUUUAGUUCUACUGAAGAGGCAGUGUUUGUGCAUGCUGUAAUAUCUUCAAAACAUGCACGGGCCCUUUCAAGCAAUGACAUCGAAAAAAUGUCAAAACAUUCAUCAAAUUUUUCUGGAAACAGAUUUCCAGUUGUUGUCUCGCCACAUGGAAUGCGUGGGAGGCUUACUGGAUGUUGCCCCAGUGACCUUGUGAAGCAAGUAUAUCUCAGUUCUGGUAAAUUUUCCUCUUCAAAAGUUAUUGUUGGUCUACCAUACCAUGUGCCUCAAGACUCAGGUUGUCAACGGAGGGGGGAAAACUGCUUUGUUGAAGUUUCUCUUGGGUGCCCUGUGACGGAAACUAGCAAGACACUGAGACCACAUUCAAAUUCACAGAAAAGCCUCAUAGGCCAUAAUGCCACAGAAUCCCAAGCAGUUGUCACAGUUGGUCAGAGCAGACCAUCAGAUAUUUUUGAAAGAAUAUUUCUUUAUCCAAGUGAGGCUGUUCUUGUUCCAGUCAUGCAAACCUCCUAUGCGAAAUCAUCUUUAAAAAGAUUCUGGCUGCAAAGUUGGAUUGGGCCAUCAUUGUCUGUUUCAUCCUCCUUCAUGCAUUGUGACACAAAGGGCGAUUUAAGGGACGGAUCCUGGAUGGAAGCAAAUGGAAUAUGUUGCCAGCACAGUUAUCGUAGUAGCAGCAACAGCAACAACAGUAGUUUUAGUAGCAUUAGCAGCUCUUCCAGUGAAAGUGAUUACAGGACUGCCGAUCUUGAAGCUGAUGCUGAUUCUUUGAUGUGUAGGCAGUCUGGCUUAUCUUCAGAUCAGUCACACAAAACGGGCUUAAAGCGGUCACAUGUGGGGAUUUCUGAGCCUUACACUCAGGCAGGGGGAGUUGUGAAUUCAGUGCAUAAUGAUUAUGCUUCCAUUGAAGUUUCAAAUUCAGCCAUUACAGGAGUAAAUGAUCACAUUGGCCUUCAAUGGGAUUCAGAUGAUGAUGACAUGGGUGGGGGCAUUGAUAUUCAAGCACUUCUCUCUGAGUUUGGAGACUUUGGUGAUUUCUUUGAGAGUGAUGCUUUAUCUUUUGGAGAGCCCCCAGGAACUGCAGAGUCCCAUGCUCUUGCGUUUACAGGGACUGAUUGCGGUGAUAUAGGUAGCAGUCCAUGUACCUCUGUUAUGGAUUUGUCUGAGCAGACGCUUGCACCUGUAGGUUUUCAGUCAUUUGAUAGUUUUAAUCAACCUCCACCUUUGGCAACUCUAGAAGAGUCUGUCACCAAACCUCAGGAAGUUGCCAAAUGUACUGAAUCUUCAUACCAAGUAAAUAACACUCCCACAACUUCUAGUAGUGAGUUUGAUCAUUUGAUGAAGGCAGAAGCUAUGAUGACAUUUGCUCCGGAAUAUGGUGCAGUUGAAGCCCUUGCAAGUGAGAUCUCUCACUCAGUCUUCACAAGUCCAUAUAUCCCCAAAUCUCGUAAAGUAGAGACUGCAAAUUCAUGCACAACUAGUUAUGUUUAUAGUGCAAACCCACCUUCUCCUUGCUUUGGUGGGUCCGAUACGAACUCUGGCAUUGCUGCAAAUUUUAAGACGUUGACAGGAAAACAUGAUGCAGCACCCACUCUUCAAUCAAAGAAGUAUUAUACUCAUGUUGAGUGCCAAAAAGGUGGGAAUGAUGCAAAGUUAUCUAAUUCUGAGAAUUGUGCAACUCAGGAGGCUCAAGCAGCAGUUUCUCCAUUUUCUGUUUUAGAUUCUAUAAAUACUGUUAAACCCGUACAACGGAAAACUGGUAAAACAGACGAGGACUCAUUUAAAGUUGAGAAUGUUCUCCCAUCAAUGAAAACUCUCUUGGCCACAGAAGUUGAAUGCAUAAUGUGCCAGGUGUAUAUGUGCAAGAUACGACAUACUCUGAGAUCUUCCAACCGACCCCUUGUUGAUAGCAGGUUUUCUGCAUAUACCACUGCAAGCCAUCCGCCUGCUGAUUCUAUUGUCACAAUUGAUAAUAUGUCAAGCAAAUAUGAGGUGAAGAAGAAAGAAUCAAUACCUGCCAGGAUAGCUGGUGAUAUUGAUAUCAGAUUUUUAGAUGGACCCUUCAAUUCUACACUUGGUGUUUUACGUACUUCCCCUAGAGGCACAAAGCUGAUAUCAUCUGGUAUAGAAGCCUGCCAAUCUGGACCGCAUAAUUCAUACGUUGAAGAAAAUAUGCUUUCUUAUGGAUUGAGGCAACCACUCCAAGAGCUUCUUGAUGGCAUGGCAUUACUUGUGCAGCAAGCUACAUCAUUUGUGGAUGUGUCACUAGAUGCAGAUUGUAAUGAUGGGCCCUUUGGUUGGCUUGCAAUGCAGGAACAACGAAGGCGUGGUUUUGCAUGUGGGCCUUCUAUGGUUCAUGCAGGCUGUGGGGGACUAUUAGCUUCCCGCCAUUCCCUGGAUAUUGCUGGUGUUGAACUUGUUGAUCCACUAUCAACUGAUGUUCAGGCUUCAUUAGCAAUUAGUUUACUUCAGUCUGAUGUCAAAUGUGCUCUUAAAUCUGCAUUUGGCACUUUGGAUGGACCAUUAUCUGUAACUGAUUGGUGCAGAGGUCGUGGACAAUGCAAUGAUGCUGCAUUAUCAGGUGAUGGAUUUUUGGUGGAGCCUACAGCAAGUGCAAGUGAAUGCCGAGAUUCUUCAAGCACUGUAUCUUUGUCUGCUGGGGAACCAAUAAGCCCAUCCCUUUCUUCUGCCAUGACAUCAUCAUCCUUCAAAGAUGGAUCAAGAGGGGAUGGAGCAACUGACCGAAGAUUAAGUCAAGAGGCUUUAUCAGAAUCAGAACACCUAUUAAGUAUACGUCCCAGGCCAACUAUUGCUGCAGUUCCAUAUCCUUCUGUACUUCUUGGGUACCAAGAUGAUUGGCUUAAAACAUCACCUAGUUCUCUACAACUCUGGGAGAAGGCUCCUUUUGAACCUUACGCUAUGCCAAAAAAUAUGAUGUACUAUGUUGUAUGUCCAGAUAUUGAUCCAUUAACAAAAGCUGCUGCUGAUUUUUUUCAACAACUUGGAAGCGUGUAUGACACUUGCAAACUGGGUUCCCAUGCACCUCAUUGUUCGGGAAAUGAGAUGGAGAUAGAUUCUGAGAAAAACUCUUCAGGUUUUGUUUUAAUUGACUGCCCUCAGUCUAUGAAGAUUGACAGUAGCAGCGCAUCUAUGCUGGGAUCAAUCAGCGACUAUUUUCUAUCUCUUUCUAAUGGAUGGGAUUUGGAAAGCUUUCUGAAGUCUCUUUCAAAAGUUAUCAGAACUUUAAAACUGAGUUCAUGCCUGAACCCAAAAGAUGGAAAAAGUGGUCCAUGCACUGUUAUCUAUGUUGUAUGUCCCUUUCCUGAGCCUCUUGCCAUCUUGCAAACUGUGGUUGAGUCUGCUACGGCUCUUGGUUCAGUUAUUGUUUCUUCUGACAAAGAAAGGCGAUCUACAUUGCGCAAUCAAGUUGGGAAGGCUUUAAGUUACUCAGCAGCAGUGGAUGAGUCCUUCUCAAAUGUCUUGACACUUUCAGGCUAUUGUAUCCCUAAAUUGGUUUUGCAGAUAAUCACAGUUGAUGCCAUUUUUAGGGUCACAAGCCCUCCACUCAGUGAGCUUGUGAUCCUAAAAGAUAUUGCAUUCACUGUUUACAAUAAAGCUCGCAGAAUUUCCCGCGGAUCCGCAAAUGACAUGGCCCCUUCAUUGUCCAUAUCAAAUAGAUCACAUCCCGCCCUGAUGCAAAUGAGUUCUCCUGUUCCAAUGUGGAAGGAUUAUGGUUCUAGAAAUAUAGGUGUUUCUUUCCAGAGGGAGGGUGAACUGGAUGCCAGUUUGAGGCAUGGUACCUGGGAUAACUCAUGGCAGACAUCAAGAGCUGGAGGAAUUGGAAGCGAUCCAAACCGAACAGGAGACCUCAUAUUCCAAGACGAAAUCCGAUAUUUAUUUGAGCCACUUUUCAUUCUUGCUGAACCUGGUUCUUUAGACCGUGGACUCUCAUUUCCUGUUUCUGGCAACCUUUCAUCUGACUCUUCUAAGCUUUUGUUGGAUGAUGGUAUAAGCGGGUGUGGAGAUAUUGGAGCAAGCUCUCUGUCUGAAGGGGCAGAAUUAGAUGGAUCUAGAUCUUGCCACUCAAAAUUGCACUGUUGCUAUGGAUGGACAGAGGAUUGGCGAUGGCUAGUAUGCAUAUGGACAGAUUCAAGGGGAGAGUUGCUUGACAGUUACAUACAUCCCUUUGGAGGAAUCAGUAGCAGGCAGGAUACUAAGGGUCUGCAAUCUCUUUUUGUCCAGAUCUUGCAACAAGGGUGUCAGAUACUUCAGGCAUGUGCCCCUGAUGAGGCCAUUGCAAAUCCCAGAGACUUUGUGAUUGCACGUAUAGGAUACUUCUUUGAGCUAGAGUGCCAGGAAUGGCAAAAGGCACUCUAUGCUGUUGGGGGUUCUGAGGUCAAAAAAUGGCCCUUCCAGCUUCGUCGACAUGUGCCUGAUGGGGUAGCUCCAAACAGUAAUGGGACUACCUUACAACAACAGGAAAUGAAUCUAAUUCAAGAGAGAACCUUACCCUCGUCUUCUAGUCCACUCUACGGUUCCCACCCGAAAUCUUCUGCAUUUAUGAAAGUUGGUUUGGGGCAGCCCAACACAAGACAGCAGCUAAUUGGCGGACACGCCGUGGUGGAUAAUUCCAUAGGUUUACUUCAGUGGGUCCAAAGCAUUAGUUUUGUAUCAGUUUCUAUCGAUCAUUCCUUACAGCUUGUGGUUCAAGCAGAUUCUGCAUCUCAAGGGGCUAGUCAAAGCAGUACCAACAUUUCUUCUGGCCCUCCAAGUUAUCUGGAAGGAUAUACCCCCGUAAAGUCCCUCUCUUCGACUCCCGCGUCCUACUUAUUCAUCCCCGCCCCCAACAUGCGCUCUCUAGCCCCUACAAACUUUCAGCUUCCGACGUGCCUCACCGCCGAAUCCCCACCCCUGGCCCACCUCCUCCACAGCAAAGGCUCUGCCCUCCCGCUGUCAACCGGUUUCGUCGUGUCAAAAGCAGUGCCUUCGAUGAGGAGAGACAGUGCAAGCAUCUCAAGAGAAGAAUGGCCUUCUGUUCUCACUGUCGGUCUCGUCGACUACUACGGCGGUGCCCGGGGCCCACAAGAGAAGGUAACAACCGUUAAGGGCAGCGGGGGCUGCCCGAAAGCAGGGGGGCAGAGUUCAGAAAGUAGAGAAUCCGAAACGGAGACCCACCGCUUGGUUCUGGAGAGUGUGGCUGCAGAGCUCCAGGCACUGUCAUGGAUGACUGUGAGCCCCGCUUACUUGGAGAGGAGGACCGCCCUACCCCUCCAUUGCGACAUGGUGUUGCGGCUCCGGCGGUUACUUCACUUUGCUGACGUGGAAGUUUCCCGGUUGCCCGAAAAGUCCCCGGGUUAGUAGUACUAUAUAGUAGUCCGUAUAUAAUGUAAUACUAGCAAGAUGUAAAAGGGUGUUACUAUAUCCACUCCCAUUUUGACUAUAUCCACCCUUUCUAUAUUAAAUGGACUAUUUUGCCCUUAGAAGUGACGUUGCGUCAAAAUUCUCUCAUUUGUAUUUUUGAGGUUAAAAUUGUCAAUUUAACAUUAAUGGAGUGGGUAUAGUCAAAAUGAGGGUGUGGAUAUAGCAACAAGUAAUGUAAAAAUAUGGAUAGAAAUCAUCAAAAGUGUGAAAUUCUAAGGAGCAUGUGAACAUUUUAAUGUAUCCAAAUAACCCAAUUGUGGAAAUGUGGACACAUUAAAGUGUGGGCUCAUUGGUUUCUUGGAAUUUUUCCAUAGACCCAUCUCAUUUUGUAUGUCUAUUUAUAAUUUCACCCAUGUAAGAAUUAGUGGCACUUUUUAAAUUUUUGAAAAUUAGUGGCAAAUUUUUAAUGUACAAUUGUAUCAUUUGCAGUUUGAAAUGUGUUCAUGAACGAGAAAAUAAAGAAUUUAGAAUAAAUAGAUCGUGAACUA